UUUCUCGCUGCUCCGCCUAUGGUAUUUCUCAAGAGGAGAGGCGGAGAUAGAUAGUUAUCGCUUUUAGCUGAAUCGAUAUCAAGAGCAGCUUGCUUAAUCUCAUCGAUAUCAUCUUAUUAAUUACAUACCUUUUCCAAUCUCUUUUCUCUCCAUCUCACUCUCAUAGAUCGUAGCCCUAAUCCAGAUACACUAUUUGCGAGUUUACAGAAAUGGAAUCGGAAGAUGAUAUGCACGAUGCCGAAUCUCCUGAUGACUAUUACAGUGAUGAUAUGGCAGAUUACAGCGAUUGCGAUAAUGGCGAUUACGAGUUCUUAGAUAACGUACCAGAUGAUACCGAUGAUAUCAUACUUAGCCGCCAACAGAAGAAUUUUACUGUGCUGAAGGAGGCGGACAUUAAACAGCGUCAGGAGGAUGAUAUCACAACUGUUUCUACUGUUCUUUCUAUACCUAGAGUAGAUGCGAGCAUCCUACUUCGACAUUAUCACUGGAGUGUUAGCGAUGUUCACGAGGCGUGGUUUGCUGAUGAAUUUAAAGUCCGCGAAACUGUGGGAUUAGUGGAGGGGCCGGUUAUUCAAUUCCCUAAUGCUAGAGAAGUUAAUUGUGGUAUCUGCUUUGAGGGUUAUCCUCUUGAUCAGAUUAGUUCUGCCAUUUGUGGUCACCCAUUCUGUAGAACCUGCUGGAAAGCUUACAUGAACGUAUCAAUUGAUGGUGGUCCUGGAUGUUUGAUGCUGAGAUGCCCUGAUCCAUCUUGUGGAGCUGCUGUUGGCCAAUGUAUGGUCAAUCAGUUGGCAACUGAUCAAGAUAAGGAUAAAUAUGCUCGUUAUGUUCUUAGAUCUUAUGUUGAAGACAGUCGAAAGACAAAAUGGUGUCCUGCACCAGGCUGUGACUAUGCCAUUGAAUUUGUGAUAGGCAGUAGUGGCUAUGAUGUUGCAUGCUUUUGCUCACAUGGAUUUUGUUGGAAUUGCUCUGAGGAAGCUCAUCGUCCUGUGGAUUGUGGCACUGUCUCAAAAUGGAUUUUGAAAAACAGCGCCGAGUCAGAAAAUAUGAACUGGAUACUAGCAAAUUCCAAACCUUGUCCAAAGUGCAAGAGACCGAUAGAGAAAAACCAAGGAUGUAUGCAUAUGACAUGCACUCCUCCUUGUAAAUUUGAAUUUUGCUGGCUAUGCCUUGGUGUAUGGUCUGAUCACGGAGAAAGGACUGGUGGUUUCUAUGCAUGUAACCGCUACGAAUCUGCAAAACAAGAGGGAGCGUAUGACGAAACUGAGAAGAGAAGGGAGAUGGCUAAGAACUCAUUGGAGAGGUACACACAUUACUACGAACGUUGGGCUACUAAUCAGUCGUCUAGGCAGAAAGCUCUUGCUGAUCUAGAACAGAUGCAGAAUGUGCAACUUGAAAAGCUGAGUGACAAACAAUCCCAGCCCGAGUCUCAGCUCAAGUUCAUCAUAGACGCCUGGCUUCAAAUUGUUGAAUGUAGGCGUGUUCUAAAAUGGACAUAUGCGUAUGGAUUCUAUCUACCUCUUCAUGAACAAGCUAAGAGGAUGUUCUUUGAAUACGUACAGGGUGAAGCCGAGUCUGGUCUAGAAAGGCUUCAUCAAUGUGCUGAAAAGGAUCUGCAGACAUAUCUGAAUGCUGAUGGACCUUCACCUGAUUUCAAUGAUUUCCGCACAAAGCUGGCUGGAUUGACAAGUGUAACCAGGAAUUACUUUGAGAACUUGGUUAGAGCUUUGGAAAAUGGUCUGUCGGAUGUGGAUUCUCAAGAGGUGGGAUACAAGAACAACGGCAUGGGGGUGGGGACAAUUGGCGGUGGUGCGAGCUCGAGUACAAAGAGCAAGAGCAAAGGAAGAGGAGGAGGUUCGAAGGGUGGUAGAAAUGGCACGGCAGAAGACUCCACGGGUUGGUUUUGCGAUCAAUGUACUUAUAUGAACUUGAAGACUUCGUCUGUGUGCGAGAUGUGCCGUCAACGCAGAUUAUGAUGAAAUAAAAUUGGGUAUUUCUUUCUUACUUUCUAUCUUUGUUCUUCUUGGUUUUUACUUGUAGCCAUGCUAGCUAGCAAAAGGCUUUUUAUUACUUAUUACUUGACUGAUAUUUAAAUACACCAGUCAAUUGAUAA